UUUCGGACUGAACAUUUUUUUUUUACAGUCAGAAGUUCGAGCUGUAAAAAUAUCAACUCGCUUUAACGUUGUCUGAUAGCUUAACUAACGUUGUCAACAUCGUUUUGCAAAUAUUUCAACAAUAGUAUUCAAGAAAACGUGUUGAUAACAGUAGUUUAUCUUUUCUAUACGUCUUGGAAGGCAAACUACCUGAAAAGCCACAAAUUGGAUUAAGGAAAUCCGACCGUGAUAGUUAGCUAGCUCGUUAGCAUCUUUGAAGGAGUCGCUUUUCACCUCUCUCUGUCCUCGUUUGUACCCGAUAUCAGGUUGAAGUAACUUUUCCACCAAUAAUCUCUUUUGUUUAACAAAACCGUAUUGCAUGUUUCGCCGUUUUUUGUUGUUGUUGUUGUUGUUGUUGCAAAGGUCGGGUACAGUAGUGACAGUGAGUAGCCCGGCUAAGCUAAGCUACUGUAGUUACCAUGGAGACCCAUUGGAGUCAUCUUCAGUCCAGUGGACGAGACAAACAACGAAAGAAGGGAUUCACCGCAGGACAAGGUGGAUCAUCUGGAGGCGAGGAUGGAGACCGUAAACCAAAGUUUCAUUUACAGGUUAAAAACAUGAAGGAUGAUAUGAUGGACAGGUUCGCCAGUAUCCGUAUCCCGGGCAGUAAGAAAGAGCGUCCUCACCUCCCUCACGUCAAACACUCCUCCUCGUCUGAAUGGUCUUCCUCCUCCGCUGAGUUUGAGGAACUGUCCUCCAAGAUCACCUCAGAACAGGAGAUACUGGGCCUCUUUGAGAAGAUGAUGGAGGAUAUGAACCUGAAUGAUGACAAGAAGGCUCCCCUGAGAGAGAAAGAUCUGACCACCAAGAGAGAGAUGGUUAUCCAGUACAUUGUUACUGCCUCCAAAACAGUAGGUGGAGAGUUAUGGUUCAUAAUGUGGUAGGAAACUG